CUCUUUAAGUCAUGGCGGAUUUAAUUUAAUUUUUUCCUGGUUAUCUAUCCAAACUAAAUUAUUUUCUCUCUUUCUCACCGGUAAAAAUUCAAUCGAAAGAAGCAAACAAAAGUCUUCUCGACUUGUCUUAAAAGAAUCCGAGGAUCUUAUUUUCUUUUUCCGAUAAAACAAAUUCAAUGCAAUUGAUCGAAUAGGAGAAAACUUCACAAAUAAAUACAUUUUCAAUCCAUCGUUUGAUUUUUCUCGGAUUCUCCGCUGGAAAAGUUCCUAAUCUGCUGGAAUCACUUCUAGAUCUUUGUAUAUGAUUAAGACAGUGAAAGUCAAAGACUUUCUCAACCAUUUGAUGAAAUGAGUUUGGUCGGGAGAGUUGGGAGUUUGAUUUCCCAAGGAGUAUACUCCGUCGCUACACCGUUUCACCCCUUCGGUGGCGCCAUUGACGUCAUCGUCGUCCAACAAGAAGACGGUUCCUUCCGUAGCACUCCCUGGUACGUUAGGUUCGGCAAGUUCCAAGGCGUCCUCAAAGGGGCAGAGAAGUUUGUGAAGAUCUCCGUGAAUGGCGAUGAAGCUGACUUCCACAUGUAUCUUGAUAACUCCGGUGAAGCUUAUUUCAUCAGAGAAGUUGAUCCUGAAACCACCAACGAUCUGAUCUCUAGCUCUGAGGAUAGCAACGGUAGUGAGAGGGUUUUGACUCUUGAGCAUAGCUCGUCCGACGUUGGCGCUGGAGAGUUGAGAGAGGGUUUAAGCUCUUUGAACCGGCUUGAUAGGACGGAGUCUGAUAGUAACGGGAGGUAUUAUGAUUUUCAGGAUGAUCCUCCUUCUCCUACGUCCGAGUAUGGGAGUGCUCGGUUUGAUAAUUUGAAUGUGGAGAGCUAUGGAGAUUCUUCUCCGGGUUUAGAUUCUGAGGUGGUUUUGGUGAGUGUUGACGGUCAUAUACUAACGGCUCCUGUCUCGGCGGAGGAGCAGGAGGCUGAGAAUUUGAGGUUGAAUACUCCUCAGUUUCAUUUGGCUCCUGGUGAUGGGACUGAGUUUUGUGAAGGGAGUACUGAGUUUGCUUCCUCUGAGACUUCAUGGGAUACUGAGUUUAUCAGCAAAGUGGAGUCAUCUAAUGCUGUAGUUAAUAUUAAAUCUAAAAAAGUAGACAUUGGUUGUGUUGAGUGUAAUGAUGAGAAUGCUAAAUCUGAGGAGGCAGCUUCUACUCUUGAGGUUCAGAAUCUAAAAGAAGGUGAGCUUGUACCUACCACCAUCAAAGAAAGUGUUAGAGGUGAAGAUGAAGUGGCUAUUGUUGGGAGCUGUUUGGAGAAGUCUGAGCCAGCUUCUAUUUUUGAGAUUCAGAAUCUAAAAGAAGGUGAGCUUGUGCCUAUUGAAACAGUAACUACUCUUGUUGAUGGUUCUGAAUCUUCUACAACUCAACUAACAAUAGAAGAAGUGAGAACAAGUGAGGAAUCUAAUACGGAGUUAGAAUGUGAAGAUGAAGAGACAAGUCCUUCUGCAGAAACUGCCAUCUUGAUUGAGAACAAAGAAGGCGAGAUUAUAGAGUCAGAAGAGAGAGUCUCUGUAGAUUCAACGAGAGAGGAAGAUGAGCAACUAACUCCAUCUAAAGAGCCUGAGGAGGAUAACGAGAACAAGAACACAACGGAAUCAGUGGCUGAGACUUCUAACAUUGCAAGAUCCGAAACAGAACUGAAAUAUGAGCUAUCACUUUGCAAGGACGAGCUUCGUCAAGGCAUGGGACUCACCGCAGCAGCUGAAGUCUUUAACACACAUCUCAUCUCUACAGAAGAGUAUAAAAACUCAGCAACAUCAAUCCUCGAAAGCGAGAAUCUAGUCGUUAGGAUCAGAGAAACAUACAUGCCAUGGAAGAAAGCUGCUAGAAUCGUGCUUGGAAAGGUUGUGUUCGAUCUAGACUUAGAGAUUCAGCCAGAAGAUGUGAUCUCUGUGGAGGAAACCAAACCAAAGGACGAUGAAACCGCUGCAGUAACAACAACUCCUUCUUCCUCUGGAAGAAGGUGGAGACUCUGGCCUAUUCCUUUUAGGAGGGUGAAAACGGUCGAGCACACGACGAGUAGUAACUCAUCUAGCGAAGAGGAUCUGUUUGUUGACUCUGAGCCUGGAUUGCAGAACUCGCCGGAAGUGCUGUCUACCAAUGAGUCUCCGCGUAGACAGCUUGUGAGAACUAAUGUCCCUACUAAUGAGCAGAUUGCGUCUCUGAAUCUGAAGGAUGGUCAGAAUAUGAUUACUUUUAGUUUCUCCACGAGAGUUCUUGGAACACAACAGGUUGAUGCACAUAUCUACAGGUGGAGAUGGGACACCAAGAUUGUGAUUUCAGAUGUUGAUGGGACUAUAACUAAAUCUGAUGUGUUAGGUCAGUUCAUGCCUUUGGUUGGAAGGGACUGGACACAGUCUGGUGUGGCCAAGCUUUUUUCAGCUAUAAAGGAGAAUGGAUACCAGCUGCUGUUUCUUAGCGCUCGUGCCAUUGUUCAGGCAUAUCUAACAAGAAGUUUCUUGAAUAAUCUAAAGCAGGACGGAAAAGCUCUACCAAACGGUCCUGUAGUCAUUUCACCAGACGGUCUGUUUCCAGCAUUGUACCGUGAAGUGAUAAGAAGAGCACCUCACGAAUUCAAGAUCGCAUGUUUGGAGGAUAUCAAGAAGCUUUUCCCAGAGCACUAUAACCCGUUCUACGCUGGAUUUGGAAACAGAGACACUGAUGAGCUGAGUUACAGCAAACUCGGGAUCCCCAAGGGAAAAAUAUUCAUAAUCAACCCAAAGGGAGAGGUAGCAACAGGACAUCGAGUAGAUGUCAAGAAGUCUUACACAUCACUUCAUACUCUUGUCAACGACAUGUUCCCUCCAACUUCGCUUGUUGAGCAGGAAGAUUAUAACCCAUGGAACUUCUGGAAACUACCAAUAGAAGAGGUUGACUGAAGAUAUCAAUCAGAAAUGGGCUGUUGAUGGGUCUAACAUGGCAGCUGCAGAAAGUCAAUGAUUGGACUUCUGGAACCUGUCCGAACUUUGUAAUGUCUCAUGUAGGAGGUGACACAAUAGGGAAAGAAUAAUGUAUAAGCUGUGACAAUGUUAUGUAUACGAUCUUAUUUUUUAAAUAUUUUUCUGUUUUAGAUACGCAAAA